UCGCACGCCUCGUUGCGAACGGUCGAAUUUGUGUAACACUCUGCUCAGCCUGUUAUAGGAUACCAGUGCAUCUCAAACUUUCAAGGAUGGAUACAAAUUGUGGUGCUUGUGGUGACUUACUCACUGACGGAGUAAAUUGUACAUCCUGCUGCCAGGCCUUACACUAUCAUUGUGCUGGCAUAACGGAAUCAGGGUUUCGCAAAUUAGGCGACCGAAAACUUACUUGGCGUUGUAUGAAGUGCAAACAGUCGAGUUGUAAUCAGUUACCUAGUUCACCUAAGGCGAACAAUGAUCCCCAAGUGCUAAGUGAAAUUAGAGCACUGUCGUCAAAAUUAGCCCCGCUGAAGUCCCUGACUGAGGAGUUAAAAGCAUUACGUUCCGAGUUUGCUCAAUUGAAAUCAUCCGUCGACGAGUCUAAUGACGCGAUUCGCGAAUUUAAUAGCAAGAUAAAUAGUCUCGAACAACGUGUAGUUCAAAUUGAAAAGCUUCAAGAUCAGGUAAAUCUUCUUCAAGUGCAAGUGGAUAGGAUGGAGCAUGAGUCAAAUGUUAAAGACCAAUGGGCACGAGUAAAUAAUAUAGAAAUCAAAGGAAUAAGGCAAGAUAAAAAUGAAGAUCUAUUUAAAAUUCUUUCUACUAUUGGGAAUAAGAUUCAGUAUCCAGUUCAGAACGCUCAUGUUAAUUUUAUCACAAGGGUGCCUACGCGUGAAAAGGACAACAUCAAGCCCAUAAUCGUCUGCUUUACAAAUAGAUAUGUGAAAGAAAAUUUCAUAGCAGCUGCCAGGAUGGCUUCUAAAUUGAAUCCACUUACCUCUGGACAUUUGGGACUGACAGGUCAUAAUCGGAUUUUCAUUAAUGAUCAUCUAACCACCUUGAAUAAACUGCUACUGUCUAAGGCAAAGAAGAUUGCAAGUGAAAAGGAUUUUCAAUACAUAUGGGUGAAGUAUGCGAAAAUUCACGUCCGAAAAAACGAUACUUCUCCAAUAUUUGUAGUAAAAUCAGAAAAAGACUUAACAAAGUUACUUUAACCCUCCCAGUGUCACUAAAAUUAUUACCUAUGACCUGUGCUUAUCAACCUGUUAUUCUGGGAGUCACUAUUAUAUUACUACACACUGUCACGAAGUUUGAGAACCGCUACUUAUUGUGUGCUACCUGUAUAUUCCAACAAUUUCUGUGUCGUUGCUGUGGGUGCGGAUCGGAUUCCUUUAAAUUUUGCUAUUCUAAAUGUUACUUAAAAUCUUUGGUAUUAGGGUUCGGAUUUAAAUGCAGCUUAUUGCCUCUAUUGCUAUUCGUUCUUAUCUUGUUUUUUUAUACCGUGUCUUUUGUUCUGGCCCGGUUUUUAUUCACAAUAUGCAACUUAAAUUUAUGCGCAAGGAAACACUGUGUUUUACCGUGUUCUGUUAAUUUUGUCGAGUUUUUAAUUGUUACCCUCAUUGUUUUUAUUCUUAAUAAUAAGUGUUCAUAUAAUGUGUGUCUGACACUGUGCAGAUUCUGUUUAUUCAUUAACUUAGCUUCCAAAACCGCUUACUCUUGUUAUUAUGUGGACAUAAUAGUACUGCUUAAUAAUGACUUCUCUUAAAAUAUAUUACCAGAACGCCCGCGGAUUACGUACAAAAACUAAUAUCUUUCUGCGUAACGUUUACUUAAACGAUUAUGAUGUGAUUGUUAUUACCGAAACGUGGUUGGUGGACAGUAUAAGUAAUUGUGAAUUGUUUGAUGGGAGAUACUUAGUGUGGCGCCGCGACCGUGAUGGCGAACGCAUCUCGCAGUCUUUCGGUGGCGGCGUAUUAAUUGCAGUAAAAAAAGAUUUUAUUGUCGUUGAGAAAUAUGGCUGGCGCAGCAGUGCCGAAGACUUAUGGCUAACGAUUACUGUACGUCAGUCCAGACCGUCCGUGACUUAUAAUAUCCAUAUAUGUGCACUGUACCUCUGCAGAGAAAACCUAGGUAAUUCGUUUAAAACUCAGUUGCAAAAUUUCACUUAUGCUAUCAAUAAUAUAAUACCAACCCAUCCAUUAGAUAUAUUUCUCAUUAUCGGCGAUUUCAACUUUGGCAACGAAGUGAAGUGGCACAAUUCCAAUGAUAAUAAUGCACUAGUACCUAGUGACCUGACCGAUCAAGCACUUAUUGACUUUUUCGAUUCUGUAAAGGUAUGUAACCUGUCGCAAUUUAACGGUGAACGCAAUGUCAAUGGAAGACUACUGGACCUAGUAUUCUGUAAUUGGCCGUUAUCAGUAGAGGAGUGUCGCGAUACCCUCGCAGUCCCCAUCGAUGUGCAUCACAAAACAUUGCUCAUUCAAGCGCAUUUCUUGCAGAUCCAUGGGCUGCAAGAAAAGGCUGUUAGGAAAUAUAUGUUUAACAAAGCCGAUUAUCAACUGAUUAAUGACUCACUGUGUCAAAUCAAUUGGCACGAUUACCUACAGUCGGAUUUACUUGAUGAUGCAGUAAGUUGUUUCUACAAUAAACUGUACGAAAUAAGAGACCAAUUCGUUCCUAUAAAAUCUAUUACACGGCAAGCGUACCCUCAGUGGUUUAGUCGAGCAUUAAUAAAGUUAUUAAAAGAAAAAUAUAAAUUUCACUGUAAAUUUAAGAGGUAUGGUAACUUGUCAGAUCUUGAAUCCUUUAACUUGCUACGCAGUAGAGGAAUAGAGUUAGAAAAAUCAUGUUUUAAGGCAUAUAUUGAGAACGUAGAACUGUCAAUUACUAAAAAUCCAAAAUAUUUUUGGUCAUAUAUUAAGAGUAAAAAAUGCUGUAAUACUUUACCGAACUUAAUGCGGUAUCGCGAAACACUUGCAGAGACAGGGACAGAUAUAUCUAACCUAUUUUCUACUUAUUUCUUUUCAACAUUUCAACAAUCUGACUCUAACGAUUUCGUGUUGAAUAGUACUAACGAUCGUGAUGUCUGUACUAGCUUAUGUUCUAUAGAAAUUAUUCCAGACAAGAUCCUGAAAUUAUUAAAAUUAUUAGAUCCCAACAAAUCUGGUGGCCCGGACCUUAUACCGCCGAUAUUUAUUAUUAAUUGUGCUGAGAGUCUUCUAACUCCAAUCUGCAUCUUAUUUAGGCGCUCCUUGUCUGAGGGUAUUGUGCCUAAAAUGUGGAAAUCCGCGUUUGUCACACCAGUCUUUAAGACUGGAGAUAAAGCCGAGGUCUCUAACUACCGCCCGAUAUCUAAAUUGUGUCUAUUCUCCAAGAUACUUGAGAGAAUAAUCCAUUCCGAAAUUUAUUCAACACUUGCUGCUAAAUUUAAUAACGAGCAGCAUGGAUUUCUUCAAAACCGCUCAACUACUUCGAACUUAGUCCUUUUUAAUGAAUACGUUACUGAGCAUAUGGCUGGUGGAAAACAGGUUGACGUCAUCUAUACAGAUUACAGUAAGUGCUUUGAUCGGAUAGAUCACUGUGUACUCUUGCAGAAAUUGAUGUCUGCUGGUAUACAUGGAGAUCUUCUUCGUUGGUUUGUCUCGUACAUCAGGAAUCGAACACAGGCAGUGGUUGUAUAUGGCCAUACCUCUAGCUGGAAAUGCAUACCAUCAGGCGUCCCGCAGGGCUCAAUACUGGGCCCAUUAUUAUUUACUAUAUUUAUAUCUGAUGUUAGUUUAUGUUUUCGAAAUUCAAAUAUUUUACUUUAUGCUGAUGACAUGAAGGUUUUUAAGGCGGUUAAUAAUACUCGCGAUACUGAUGAACUUCAGGAAGAUCUUGAGAGAUUUUCUGAUUAUUGUACUCACAAUAAAUUGCAAUUAAACGUCUCAAAAUGCUUUCAUGUAACUUUUUCUAGGUCGAAGAAUAUUACAAGAUCAUACUACACUUUUUACAAUAAUUCUAUUAAAAAAGUCUCCAUUAUUAAAGAUUUAGGAGUACUACAUGACGACAAGUUAGUGUUUAAUAUGCACAUUGACCACAUCAUAAGUAAAGCAUCUAAAGCAUUAGGUUUCAUAAUUAGAUCAUCUGCCUGUUUCCAGUCCCUAAAGCCCAUAAAAGUCCUUUACUGUUCAUUUGUACGUAGUCACUUAGAAUACGCAUCGCAACUUUGGAACCCGCAGUAUAAUACGUAUAUCAAUAGAAUUGAGCAAGUACAGAAGAAUUUUCUUAGAUAUUUAGAUUUUAAAGCUCAUCAAAACAAUCUGAAUUACCACCAGCGCUGUAAAAAGUACCACUUUCUCCCCCUAGAGAAAAGACGUAUGAUAGGUGAUAUCUGUUUUCUAUUGAAGCUAGCUCAGGGCUCAAUCGAUUGCCCAGAUCUAUUAUCGAAAAUUUCCCUGCGCACUAAUCAGCUUAACUUUAGGCAAAGACCUUUACUUUCCAUAUCCCCUUCAACUAGUAAAUAUAGGCAGAACGCUUUUCUUUCAAGAAGUUGCAAAGGCUUUAAUGAGCUGCCUCCGAACCUUAACAUUGACCUGUUCUGCACCACAGCAAAUAAAGCCAAAGUAAUGCUGGCACGAACCUUUUUUGUUUAGAGUUUACUAAUCCGUUCCGGACUCAUAUUGUGAUGACGGAAUAAAUAUAUUUGUGUGUAUGUGCGUGUGUGUGUGUAUGUGUAUAUAUGUAUGUAUGCAUACACAUAUAUAUACAUAAAUAUAUACAUGUGUAUGUAUAUAUGUAUGUGUGUGCGUACGCACACACAUAUAUAUAUAUAUUGGUAUUCUGUAACAUGUUUGUAUUUGUAUUUGACUAUUUAUAGGUGGAGGCUUGUAAUUAGCAAAUUAAGUUAUCAUUAUUUUUUUAUAUUUAUAAGAUAGUUAUUAGUCUGUAAGCCUUCCGACAAGCAAUUAAAUAAAUAAAUAAAUAAAUAACAUAGUUAAUUCUAUUUUCUUUCUUAAGCAAAAAUAGAGGUUUUCCUUGUAAGUGUGAGCAGUCAAGUUUGAUGUUAAUUAUUUCUAGAAAAUAAUUUGUCAAGAUAAUAUUAAAUAUAACGUAAAAUUUUACAUGUUGAUAAUUGCAAAACAAGAAAAAUAAUACCCCAAGGUGUACAAUGAAAACUACAAAUUGCAAAUUAAUAAAUAAAUUAUAAUGUUAUAUAUUAUACACUGCACUUACAAUGGUAUCAUGCGCGUUACAUCAGAGAAUAUACAUAGUUACGUACAAACAAACACGUCGGAAACGAAUACAAAUUAUGAAAAAAUCAUAUGUAUACAAUUUGAGCAAUAUAAAAAUAAAAAACAAAUCACUCUAUAUAAUUCUAAACCUAACAUUAGUUUAGAGUUUCGAACGCAAGUUUCAUUAGAUCGAAUGUAAUUCGCAUUGGCAGGCUCGAGUCACUCAAACGGGUCAUACGAAAUGCAUAUACCAAAUAAAGCAUUCAUACAGAGCGUGAGGUCGUAUCCCCCAUGACCCCC